UGUCAGGUCACUCAACCACUCAUAGUAGGGAAUGUAAAUCUCCUUUAAAUCACCCGCGAAGCCGUUGCAGGAUAAGUAAGAGAGAGAAAAUCUAGAGAGAGAAACCUCGAAGCUUCUUUCAAUGGCGACUCUGCGUUUCACUGACUGCUCCAACCUCACCUCCACCUUCUUCAGGCCUUCCUUACCCUCUCUCUCCGCCGCAAAGUCUCGCCAUUCUCAAAACCCUCAGAAUCGGAACACCAGCACCAGCAGCUGCACCUUCGUUCCCAGAGCUUCUCUUCAGCCGCAAAUGGACGAUCAAUUCUCUCUCUCCCGGAGACGCUUCAUCGCCGACACUGCCGCCGUCUCGCUCUCGAUUCCUCAGCUCGUCGGAUUCGAACAGGCUGCGAGGUCGGAGGAAGCGCUGUCGGAGUGGGAGAGAGUUUACCUCCCUAUCGAUCCCGGCGUCGUGCUCCUUGACAUUGCGUUUGUUCCCGAUGAUCCCAACCACGGUUUCCUUUUGGGGACUAGGCAAACCAUUAUGGAGACAAAAGAUGGUGGAAACACUUGGGCUCCCCGUUCGAUACCCUCUGCAGAGGAUGAAGAUUUUAAUUAUAGAUUUAAUUCCAUCAGCUUCAAAGGGAAGGAAGGGUGGAUAGUUGGAAAGCCUGCAAUUCUAUUAUAUACUUCUGAUGCUGGAGAAAGUUGGGAAAGGAUACCACUUAGUGCUCAACUUCCAGGGGAUAUGGUAUAUAUAAAGGCAACCGGUGAAAAGAGUGCAGAGAUGGUGACUGACGAAGGUGCAAUCUACGUUACAUCAAACAGAGGCUACAAUUGGAAGGCUGCUGUUCAGGAAACUGUGUCAGCUACUCUUAAUCGAACAGUCUCUAGUGGUAUUAGUGGUGCAAGUUAUUACACCGGGACGUUCAAUACUGUCAAUCGCUCUCCAGAUGGGAGGUAUGUUGCAGUCUCAAGUCGUGGCAACUUCUAUCUAACAUGGGAACCUGGUCAGCCAUUCUGGCAGCCACAUAAUAGAGCAGUUGCCAGAAGAAUCCAGAACAUGGGAUGGAGAGCUGAUGGUGGUCUGUGGCUUCUUGUUCGUGGUGGUGGCCUUUAUCUCAGCAAGGGCACAGGGUUGACCGAAGAAUUUGAGGAGGUUCCAGUUCAAAGCCGAGGUUUUGGCAUUCUUGAUGUGGGGUAUCGAUCACAGGAGGAGGCUUGGGCAGCAGGUGGAAGUGGUAUUCUGUUGAGAACUACUAAUGGUGGCAAGUCAUGGAUCCGUGACAAAGCUGCUGACAACAUUGCUGCAAAUUUAUACUCAGUGAAGUUCCUUGAUGACAAGAAGGGAUUUGUAUUGGGGAAUGAUGGAGUCUUGCUUCGCUACCUUGGAUGAAGCUGCAACUCAACAUGGUUUGUCAACUGGAUUGCAAUUUUGUAGCUGAUUACAUAUCUAUGCUUAGUAUUCAUUAUCUGUGGAUAGAGCUUUGGGAUCAAAUCGACUCCCUGGUGUUGUGCCGAAAAAUUUGAGGAGAUAUAGAAAAAAACAAACAUCACAACUUGUGAAGAAAGCUGUAUUAUGUAAUCUGAAAUUGUAAUUGCCAUGUAUGUAACUUUCACAUUAAAAUGCAAUUUUAUGCUGCGUUGUUGUACUCAA